AUGGUCGGGACACACUUGGAACCCGACGAGCAAAGUGUAGCUUCAAGCUUUGAAAGCGCAUCCUCUGAUCAUGGGGUGGGGCUUUCUGAUCCCCUCCUGUCCGACCACAGAAGGCGGAUGCUUGAUCUGAUGACCAAACUUCGUGAUACGGGGGCUCAGCUCGAUUUGGACCUGCCAUCCAUUGCGGUGAUAGGCUCCCAGAGUGCGGGAAAAUCCUCCUUGAUUGAAUCCAUCUCGGGGAUUAGUUUGCCCCGCGCAAGCGGGACAUGCACACGCUGUCCUACAGAGUGCAGACUCAUAUAUUCUGACGAGCCCUGGCGCUGCACCAUCUCUCUGCGUUUUAUAAGCGACGAGUAUGGCACCCCGUUGAACGAUAUCUGCGUUGAACAAUUUGGUGAUCCAAUCUUCACAAGAACGGAUGUCACUGAUCGGAUUCGGCGCGCGCAACGCGCCAUUUUGAAUCCAAAUACAUCGUGUUUUGAUUUUGUAGAUGCUGAGGACGGGGAGCUUCAAGAGAACGAGCUGACUUUCUCAGCUAAUUAUGUAUGUCUCGAGAUCAGAGGCAGGGACCUCGCCGAUUUGACAUUCGUCGAUCUUCCGGGGUUGAUCGCCACCCAUGGCAUCGGAGGGAGACAAUCUGAUGUUGGCCUAGUUGAGAGUUUGGCGGCAGAUCAUAUCCAAAAGCCGAGUUGUAUCAUUCUUCUCACCGUUGCCUGUGAAACUGAUUUUCAGAAUCAAAAGGCCUCGUACUUAGCCGCGCAGUAUGAUAUUAGUGGCGCUAGAACGAUCGGUGUCCUAACCAAGCCUGACCGCAUAUCUCCUGGAGAGGAAUCUGACUGGUUGAAGUACAUUCAGGGCGAAGAGUUCCUUCAGUGGUUCUGCGUCAAGAAUCCUAAUUCUCAAACACUCGCAGAAGGCAUAACGUGGGAGGGCGCUCGUUCACAGGAGCGCGAGUUUUUUUCGCAGACUAACCCAUGGAACAACCUUGAAUGGACUUACCAGCAGCGCCUGGGUACUGAUAGGCUGACGCAGCGACUGAGCGGUACUUUGUCCGAGCUCAUUUCGCAACGGCUCCCGAAAUUGCAAGACGAGAUCGACAGACUUCUUACACAAACACAGGAUUCCAUUGAUCAUCUCCCGCGACCGCCCUCGGAUCAACCUGUCGCAGAGAUUCUGCAUAUGAUUGGUAGCUUUGUUCGCGCGGUCGAAAAACACACGGAAGGAAUACCACGAGCUGGAGGUCUCCACCAAACUCUUCAUCCAGCACAAGACGCCUUUCAGAAAGCCAUCCGCCUCACAGCACCGAAUUUUAAUCCUUGGGACCGUGUCGCAGCGGGGAUGCAGUCUGGCCAGAUGCCGGUUGCCAGUUUUCUCGUAAACGAAGAAGGCGAUGGAGUGCCUGUUUCAGUGGAUGAGAAUGAGUCUAUCUUUGUGGAUGACGUCGUGAAUAGGGCCAAAAUGGCUAUCACAAGGGAGCUUCCGAACAACUAUCCGUUUAUUGUUACCAAAGAUCUGAUCUGCGCAGUUGUUAAGAACUGGACGGCGCCCUCAAAGCGACUUUUCGAGGAAACAAGCAAAACCCUCGAAAAACACAUCAUGACCCCCAUAGAGGAGCAUUUCGUGCAUUUCGCGCACGGCGGGCUGAAACAGCGAAUUUCCGGGAUUGUGUUGGCCCACCUCCGCGCUCUCUCUGAAGAAACAUUCAAGCGCAUUACUCUUCUACUGGAGGCUGAGUUGGAACCAUUCACGCGCAACCAGCAUUACUUCAGUGACUACAGAUCGAAAUUCCUAGGUUACUAUAAAGGCGUGCGCCAGGCCAGUCAAAGCAACGACUUUAUCCGAAAUUUGGAUAGUCCUAGCUCAAGCUCAUUUCAAGAUGCGCUCACGAAGACAUUGGCCGGAUUGACGGAGAUGGGGCUGCAAAAUGUCAGCCCUGCCGCUCUUACACGGGUGCUCCCUCAAGAUCCAAUGGAGGAAGGAAUCGCGAUCAUGGCAGAUGUCAGAGCGUAUUUUCAAGUGGCGUAUAAGCGAUUCGUCGACAUGGUGCCCAUGACCCUUGAUCAAGGGCUCAUACGCGGACUCGCGUCAGGCUUAGAGAAUGCGCUCUUCAUCGGGCUAGGGGUCAGCGGCCCGCAGGGGUUCGAGAAUUGUCGGAGGCUAUUGCAGGAACCCGCGAACAUCGUGGAAAGGCGAGAGGAGCUGAAGAAAAGGAGAGAUAGGUUGAAUUCCGCGAGGCGAGAGCUGAUGGAUGUAUUCACUACUUAAGAGCUGAAUUGAAGCCUUUGUUGCACCGGG